AAACCAAAACGCGACAAAAAAUAAAAACAAUACUAAAUCUGUUAUUUUCUAAUUAAAUAAUUCAAUUUCCGUGUGCCCCAUUCUAUGGCUUUAUUUUUUAGUAUUUUUCAAUCAUACUAAACAUGAAAAUGAAAAUGAAACAGUUUAAAUUUUUUUUGUUUUUUUUAUCAUAUUAGUGGGACCAUGUUAAUUAUCAGCGCUAAAAAGCAGAACAAUGAGAAAAGGAAAAAAAAUAAAAAAAAUUUCUGAAUCUUCUUCUUCUUCUUCUUCAUCUUUUCUUCUAAAGCUUUUCUUCAUCAUUUCCAUGGUGGUUUAGGGUUUCUCUCUCUUUCUCUGCGUCUCUUUCAGUUCUUCACCUUGAUUGCUUCUUCUGUGCUGUGGAUUUCAUACGCUAAAUUACCGACAGUUUCAAUGUACUACUGCUUCUUCCAAUUUCUAUUACUUGCAGGUUGUUAUGUCACAUAGAUGGUAAAGAAAGGGAUGCACCAUUCAGACUUCAGAUUUGAUUUCAAUAAAGGAUUGGUUUGAAUUCUGAAAGUUGGAUUUCGGAUUCACUUAUGUUUGCAUGUGAAAUGAACCACAAUAGACUUUUGGGUUGAGUGUCAACUUGUUUCUGUUACUCCUACCACACGAUAUUUAGUGGAGAAAUUUAUCACUAAUGGGAUCAUUCUCGGGCACUUGUGAAAUUGUUGAAGCAAGGGAAGACAUAAAUACAGUGAAAGAUGCAGGGAUAUAUCAGUCCAGUUCUGGAUAUAGUGUGUCUGAGAAAAAUCAGAAGCUUCCUGCUCUGAAACUGGGAUACAAGGAUAAUCUAGAUAAUGAUAUUAAUAAGCUGUUUGAAUCAAUUACUCUCAAGUCUUCAUCAAGGGAUUUGAGCUUUCUACCAGAUGGAACAAGUCCUAAUAUGAGAAGUGCAUUAAAAAAGCCAAUGACAGUGCCUCGAUCCCCACGAGUUGGGAUUUCUGAGCCGGUGACUUUGAAGCAGGCAUUAAGAGACCUAUGUAUAUCUAAGGCAUCGGAAAUGGCUGCUAUGAAAAGGUUAUCAAAGUCAGCAGCUUCUCCGAGAAUAUCAGAGGCCGGGAAGAUACAAACAUUGUACAAUUCAGUUGUCACUGAUGCUAGAAGAUCCGGGCCUUCUAAUGUUGAGAGUAAAGGGAGUUCAACUGAAAUAUCUCUGGUGCUAGAAGAAGACAAGUCACUUGUCUUGAAUAAAGAAUCUCCGCCUCAUCAAACUUCCAAAAGCACACCAUUGAGCCAAAAUGCCCAUUCUUCCAAAAACGCAGUUGCAACUACACAAAAUGAUUCAGGGGCUUCAUUGAUGCAAAGUGAUUCGGAAUGUUCGACAAGUAAAGCCGGGGUUUCAGCCCAACCAUCAGAACCUACUCAAAUAGAAAAUCAAAUGUCUGCUUCCUCUUCAUCUUGUUGUAACACCGAUGGAAGUAAAGUAGAGUUGCCUGAAAAAGAUUCUUCACCUAAAAAGUUAGGAAAUAAAGCAUCUAUGUCGAAGAAUGUGCGGAAAGGUAUGGUACAAACAAUAUCUUCCUCUUCAGUGAAUGGCAAUAGAGUGUGCAAACUUUCGCGCAAUAGCCCCCGAACAGUAAAAUCCGUCAUAAAAACCAAGAGUUUGGGUAAGAAGAAACUAAAGCAGGGCUCUGAUUCUGCUUUACAUGUUCCUCCAUCCAAUGAGGAAAAUAACAACCCAGUUCUCACUGCAACUCCACUUGUUUGUGAGAGAUGUUGGUGUGAAAUCGAAAAUACAAAUAAAGAAAGCAGCAAAGGUAUUAUAUCAUUAGGCACCCCAAGCCCUGCAGAUGGAAUAAACUUGAAAAGUGUACUCUCUGGGCCAGCAUCAAAUGGUUGUAAUAGAGGCAUAGAAGUUGCAAAAGUGAAAAAGAAUACCAGAUUGAAAGAGCAGCUUGAAUUUUCACAAAGUUCAAAGAGUAGCCAAGGUGACUACAGUAGUAGUACAAGUACCAGUGACGAGAGUAAUAUCAGUGGUUCUAGCUGUGGCAAUAGGCCUCACAUGUCGAAGGACUUUAGAUGGCAAGCUAUACGAGAUGCUCAAAUGCAGCAUGGCGUCCUGGGCUUGAGACACUUCAAUCUUUUGAAGAAACUUGGUUGUGGAGACAUUGGUACUGUAUAUCUUUCUGAACUAAUUGGCCAAAAUUGUUUGUUUGCUAUUAAAGUAAUGGACAAUGAAUUUUUGGCAAGAAGGAAGAAGAUGCCUAGGGCUCAAACUGAAAGGGAAAUAUUACGAAUGCUGGAUCAUCCUUUUCUUCCAACACUAUAUGCACAGUUUACAUCAGAAAAUCUGUCAUGUCUGGUCAUGGAGUAUUGUCCUGGAGGAGAUCUUCAUGUUCUACGUCAGAAACAGCUUGGUAGAUGUUUUUCAGAGCCAGCAGCAAGGUUUUACGUAGCUGAAGUCCUUCUUGCUUUGGAGUACUUGCACAUGCUUGGAGUUGUUUACCGUGAUUUGAAACCAGAAAACAUUCUUGUUCGAGAAGACGGUCACAUUAUGCUCACAGAUUUUGACCUUUCACUCAGGUGUGACGUUAGCCCAACACUUCUGAAAUCAUCUGAUAUAGAUCCAGCCAAGGUUUCUGGUACAUGCACAAAGUCAAGCUGCAUCGAGCCAUUCUGCAUUGAACCAUCUUGUCAAGUUGCAUGUUUCAGUCCUAGAUUCUUACCACCUGCUGCAAAAGCAAGGAAACUAAAAGCUGAUCUUGCUGCUUAUAUCAGAUCAUUGCCGCAGCUUGUGGCAGAGCCCACGGAUGCAAGAUCAAAUUCCUUUGUUGGUACGCAUGAAUACCUAGCACCUGAGAUCAUCAAAGGAGAGGGACAUGGAGCUGCAGUUGAUUGGUGGACAUUUGGUGUUUUUCUUUAUGAACUUUUAUAUGGUAGAACACCCUUCAAAGGUUCUAACAAUGAAGAAACAUUAGCCAACGUCGUCUUGCAAAAUCUCCGAUUCCCUGAUAGCCCGUUUGUUAGUUUCCAAGCAAGGGAUCUUAUUAAAGGGUUGUUGGUUAAAGAGCCUGAAAACCGUUUAGGUACAGAGAAAGGCGCUGCAGAGAUUAAACAACAUCCCUUCUUUGAGGGCCUUAAUUGGGCAUUAAUACGUUGUGCUAUCCCACCAGAACUUCCUGACCUUUGUGAAUUUGAAUUGGGACUUUCAGACAUGAUUGCACAGUCACAAAGCAAGGAUGGCAAAUUUUUAGAGUGUACAACAACAGGAGAACAAGUGGAAUUUGAGUUGUUUUAGACGGCAUUCUUCUUGUCAAUUCGUUUGCUUCCGGCUCUAUGUUAAACUAGUCGACAUGCAACAAUUAUGUAAGCCUAUGUUGUAAAUUAGUUUUGAUUAUAGCAUGUGAAAAUGUGCUUUAUUAAGGUGUAGGAAGUUCAGGUUAUAUAUGGCAACUUGAUGAUAGUCGCAAUCUGAUAGAAGCUGAAAGCUGAAGCUAAUAACCAAAAAUGUCAUAAUCCAUCAAUUCCUAUGCUGAUAUAAAUUAAAGACUUUUGUCAACUAAUAAAAAAGAAAUAAUAAUUUCAAAA